AAGGUGAAUGUAGUAGUCUUGGAACACCAGAAAUUCAGAUCAGAUCACAUCACUGCACUGCAUAGAUUUAAACACGGAAUGAGAAAUCAAAUCUAAAAAGCUCUUGAAAUUACUUUUGAGUAGCUGAAUCGUGAUCUAAGUCAAGAUAUACAAUGUGGAUGAGUUUCUACUUUGCUGUUUUAGCUGUUCUACUUAUUCAAACUCAUGCUCAACCAGGAUUCAUCAGCAUAGAUUGCGGAGCUCAAGCAGGUGUCAACUAUACUGAUUCAACAUAUGGCAUAAAUUACGUUUCGGAUGCAGAUUUCAUAAAUACCGGUGUGAGUCAGACAAUAGCAUCUGAAGAGAUCAGCAGAGAAAGUCGACGACAACUGUGGAGGCUGAGAAGCUUCCCGGAAGGAAAAAGGAACUGCUACAAAAUAAACGUCACAAGAGGCUCUAAGUAUUUCAUCCGCACUACUUUUCUGUACGGAAAUUAUGAUGGCCGAAAUAUGUUACCAGAGUUUGAUCUUCUUCUCGGACCUAACCGCUGGGAUACAGUCACUAUAUACAAUGCAACCAGCAUCAGACACAAGGAGAUCGUACAUGUAACUUCAAUGGAUUAUGUGCAAAUCUGUCUGGUUGACACAGGCAAUGGCACACCAUUUAUAACAGCCAUAGAAUUCAGGACUUUGAAUAAUGAUGCAUACGUCACUCAAUUCGGAUCACUGGAACUUUACAAUUACCUGCGCUGCGAUUUGGGUUCAAACACAAUCAACAGGUACCCCGUUGAUGUUUAUGAUCGUUACUGGUAUAGUCGUUCUUCCUGGAACGACUGUAACUUUGGCGAAAAUUGGAAACCACUAAAUGCCUCCAUUCCCGAUGAUUCUUUAAAUGAGAAUGAUUACAAGCCGGGAGCAACUAUCAUGAGCACCGCAGUUGAACCACAAAAUGAUAGUGCUCCGUUGGUAAUAAGCUGGAAGCCACAACUUGAAACUGAUGAAUUCUAUGUGUACAUGCACUUCACGGAAAUUCAAGUGUUAACCACCAAUCAGACAAGACAUUUCAACUUCAUGCUGAACGAUGAAUCAUGGUAUGAAAAUUUUUCUCCCCGCUACCAUGGUAUGAAUACUAUAUAUUCGACGUUAGCCAUCAGUGGGAAAGAAAUUAAAUUUUCCCUCGAGAGGACUGAAAAUUCAACCCUCCCUCCCAUCAUCAGUGCCAUUGAAAUUUACAGAGUAAUAGACUUACAGAAACCAGAAACACUCCAAGGAGAUGUUGAAGCGAUUACAAGAAUCAAGUCAGUUUAUGGAGUGAAAAGGGAUUGGGAAGGUGAUCCAUGCGCCCCUGCAGCCUACCUGUGGGAUGGUCUCAACUGUACUUAUCUCGGCAAUGAGUUUCCAAGAAUCACAGCUGUGAAUUUAUCGUCAAGUGGAUUGUCAGGAAAGAUUGACCCUUCCAUCUCAAACCUCACCAUGUUGGAGAAGCUGGAUUUAUCUAACAAUAGCUUAAAUGGUGAAGUUCCUGAUUUUCUGUCUCAAUUACAACACUUGAAGAUCUUAAACUUGGAGAAGAAUGACCUCUCCGGUUCAAUUCCCUCUGCACUUGUUGAAAAAUCACGCCAAGGUUCUCUCUCACUAAGUGUGGGUCAAAAUCCAUAUCUAUGUGAAUCUGGUCAAUGCAACGAGAAGGAAAAGAAAAAUACUGUCAUACCCAUAGUAGCAUCAAUAUGUGGGGUUCUAAUUCUUCUAAUAGCCGUUGCUAUAUUGUGGAUCCUUAAAAGUCAAAAAUCAAAAGUUGAAAAAUUUACAGAUUCGGUGGCAGUAAAUCAUCAGAGUGAGAUUUCACAGCAAUUCACAGAAAAGGAUAAUUCGUUCCAGCAACGCAAAAGUCAAAUGUAUUCAUACUAUGAUGUCCUUCAAAUCACUAACAAUUUCAAAAGAAUUAUUGGUAAAGGAGGAUUUGGAACAGUUUACCUGGGCUUUAUCGAUGACACUCCAGUUGCAGUGAAAAUGCUUUCCCCAUCAGCAGUUCAUGGUUAUCAACAAUUUCAAGCAGAGGUUAAACUUCUACUCAGAGUUCAUCACAAAAAUUUGACAUCCCUUAUUGGUUACUGUAACGAAGGAACCAAUAAGGGUCUCAUAUAUGAGUACAUGGCUAAAGGGAACUUACGAGAACAUCUCUCAGGUAAACACAGAGAAUCACCAUUCUUGAGCUGGAAGGACAGACUUGGUGUUGCACUGGAUGCAGCCUUAGGAUUGGAAUAUCUGCAAAAUGGUUGCAAGCCUCCUAUAAUCCACAGAGAUGUGAAAUCUGCAAACAUCUUGUUGGACGAACACUUCCAAGCAAAGUUAUCUGAUUUCGGUCUAUCCAAAGUUGUCCCAGAUGAUGGGGGGUCUUAUGUGUCAACUGUUGUUGCUGGCAGUUUCGGUUAUCUGGACCCUCACUACCACUAUUCCAAUAGAUUAACUCAGAAAAGUGAUGUUUACAGCUUUGGAGUUGUUCUCUUGGAAAUAAUCACAAAUCAACCAGUAAUGGUAGGGAAUGAAGAAAAGGGUCACAUAAGUGAUCGAGUUAGCUCCAUGAUAUCAAGAGGGGAUAUCAGGGCCAUAGUUGACUCAAGCUUAGAAGGAAAUUUUGACAUAAACUCGGCAUGGAAAGCCGUAGAAAUAGCAAUGGCUUGUGUUUCUCCAAAUCCCAACGAAAGGCCAAUGAUGAGUGUGGUAGUGAUUGAACUACAGGAGGCUUUAGCAACCGAAUUAGCUGAUCCCAGGUGUUCUGUUGCACCGGUCAGCGUGAAAGUAGACACCGAAUAUAAGCCCUUAGCUAGGUAAAUGCUUGCUCAACGUAAGAAUAAUAGAAUAACUUUGUAACAAGUGAAAGUGAUGUUGUACAAGAAGUGUGUCAUUGGGUGAUUUAGUUUGAUUAGUUUUCUGAAUCUUAGUUGUUUGGGAGUGGUGAUAGUAGUAAUGUAGAAUGCGUAUUAUAGUAUACAAAUAAACAAUGAGAAUUGAGUAAAUGAAAUUGAAAAGCAGUGUUAUUAUCAUUUUUUGUUGGAAUAAAUUUUUAGAACAAUCUAUCUUAUUUUGCCCUCUUAUAUGCAAAGUGAACCACAACAACGAAGAAAUGAACCCAAAUAAUGUAAAAUGGUGAAGUAAAUAAGAAAAAAGAAUCAAUACGUCGAAGAAAAAUGAGUCAAACGAACAAAGAAUAAUGGAGAGUUUGAACAGUACCAAGGAAGAUAAUAUCGGAAAAAAAGUUUACUAUACAUACUCC